UUCUAAAAAUGUUUGAUGGACGUUUUACCUUUAACACGUGCAAUAGACCUAUGAGUGUGGGGGGGCUCUUUUCAGGGGAUCUCACAAUUAUUUUUAAUUAGUCGAAAGGGCAGUGUAAAUCAAAGAAGCCUAUUAGCUAUACAUUUUAAUUUAUAGCCUACCAGGUGUUCAGGGAAUUUAUUUACAGCGUCAACGAUUUAAUGUUUUCAGCAUGAUUUCUAUUUCAGCUCUUACGUUUUCGGUUUUAUUUGCCUGUGUGGUAUGAAAUUUGGCUAAGGAGCCGGGCUUUUAAACUGUGGCAGCAAGUAUCGUUGAACGUAAAAUAACUUGCAGGUAGAGAAGUGGUUUGCUUUGCACCUAAACUUUCUCCCGAAAGCGUUCCUCAGUCCGAGAAGAGGAUAAGAAGGAGCAGCCAGCCGGCACACCUCGGUGUUUUGUUGCGGCUUGUGAGGGUGUUGGGAAAGCAUUUGCUGUAAAUCAGGCUGUCAGCGGCAGAAACCAGCGACCUCCCCGGGCUCGGGAGCGGCGGCGGUGCCCGCGGUCAGGGCUCUCCGGGGAGGUUUCGGCGGGGCGCGGAGCGGAGCCCCGCGGAGGGUGCGUGGCCGCGGAUAGCCGAGGGCUGCCGGGAUGCUGCCGGGAUGCUGCCGGGACGGAAUCGGCGUCCGCAGGUGCUCGUUGCUGCCCGCCUGGGCAGGGCCAGCGUGCGGGAGCGCCUAUCCUCUGCCGCAAGGAGGAGGCUGCUUGCGAAGUGUUCCCCUCCCGCGGAGCCGCCGGGGGUGGGGGCGAGGGGCGCACCGAGCCCCCCCCCCCCCCCCCCGCCUUUAGCCCUGCACCUUACUUCCUAACAGCCGCGGGCAGCUUCGUGCGCAGGGAGGCUGUAUAAAGGGGUGGAUUGUGUUACCUUUGGUUUUUACAUAAGUGUAUUCCUGUGAUGGAAAAAUCUGGUCCCUCCGCCGGGGGUUGGGGGCCCCGGGGGUGCGCGGGGGGCUGGCCGCCCUCCCCCGCUCCGGGCACGGCCCCGCCGCCCCGCAGCCCGGCUGCCCGCCUCGCACGGCAGCGCAACCUGACACAGAUAUCUGCAACGCCCCGCCCGGGCUGGCGGAGGGCGAAGUGGAAGGCGAAAGAGGGAGAGGAGGAGAAAACUUUCCACUAAUUUACUUUUUUGGCCAGGAGCGCCUGUGUUCAUAGACUGCGAGUCCUUCCCCCAGCCCUCCCCCUUAGCCCCCCCUCCCCUUUUACUAGCGUACAAUUAACAUCAUUAGGAAUCAACCCUCCAGCUAAUAGGGGAACUGCGACGAACAACGGUUUUAAGACCCGGAGGAUACAAUGUUCACUAAACUCUUCCAGCAGUGGAGUUUCGCAGUGUUUCUGCUGAGUUAUGCCGUGCCCUCCUACGGGAGAUCAGCAGAGGGGAUCAGCCGCAGACUCAAACGGGCUGUAUCGGAGCACCAGCUAUUACAUGACAAAGGCAAGUCAAUCCAAGACUUACGAAGAAGAAUAUUCCUUCAAAAUUUAAUUGAAGGUGUCAACACUGCAGAAAUCCGUGCAACUUCGGAGGUUUCACCUAACCCUAAGCCUGCUACCAACACGAAGAACUACCCUGUCCGAUUUGGUAGCGAAGAUGAGGGCAGAUACCUAACUCAGGAGACAAACAAAUCACAGACCUACAAGGAGCAGCCCCUGAAGGUAUCAGGGAAGAAAAAGAAAGCAAAGCCUGGAAAACGUAAGGAGCAAGAGAAGAAAAAAAGGCGAACCCGCUCGGCUUGGCUAAAUACUGGCAUGUAUGGAAGCAGUGUGACCGAGAGCCCGCUCUUGGACAACUCUUUUACUACACAUAAUCACACUUUAAGGAGGCGCUGACAUUUUCAGCAAGAGAUUUUUGGAAGACAUAUUGCAGUAUUCUGUAAUAGUGAACAUAUGGGAAGUAUUAAAAUAUUUAUUACCUGUAUAUAUUGUAAAUGCUCAGAAUAAAACCUUUUUCCCCCAUUGCUCUCUGAAACUGCACAUUUGGUUAUUGUGAAUUUACCUUUUUGUUUUUCCCCCUUUUUUUUUUUUUUUUUUGGCUAAGGCUAAGACGAUUAUUAUUGUCACAUUUACCAUAAUUUAUUUUGUUGACCGGUGUAUUUAUUUUGUGAACGUAUCUUGGUGCUGCUGACUUUCUAUAUUUUUUGUAACAUAAUGCACUUUAGAUAUACAUAUCGAGUAACAUGGAUAACUGACAUAAAAUGUUCCUGUUUUGUGGUUGACUUCAGUGAAUGCCUACAUACAAUUGUUCAAACUGAUUUUCCUUUGUGCAUGUAUAAUAGCAGUAUUUUAAAAUUUGUAAAGAAUGUCUAAUAAAAUAUAAUCUAAUUAA